UGGUUCCUUUUUUAUCAUCGAUCAGUUUCUUUUUUAAAUUAGCCUUGCACGUUUAAAACUAGAACACUUGAUCUUUGUUAAUUUUCUUAAAAGAAAAAAAGGAGAUUCAAAAUCUCCUUUACUGGAGACUUCAACAGUACUUUUCAACAUUUCUGAUGUUCAUCUUGGAAAGACGUGACACAAUGUAACUGACUGGAAAGUUCAGUUUUAACAGGAUUACAUGUGUAAAUGUGUGUUUGAACUGAUGAAAGACAGCAUCUUUUCUGCUGAGAAAAUUAUUUAUCAAACUAAGUAUCAAAUUAAACUCCUUUUUUACAGUAUCCAACACUUCACUGAGAAGAUGAGGUUUUGUUUUCUCUUCUGUGUUUUCUGUCUAAUUGUCCCCAUGAGCCUCAGUCAGCAGCCGGGUCCCCCUGGUGAGAAAGGUGACAGAGGAUUUCCUGGACCACCUGGAGCACCUGGACCAAUAGGACUUAAGGGAGAAACAGGACGUCCUGGAUUUCCUGGACCACCAGGAGUAGAAGGACGUGAUGGAGCACCGGGUAUCAGCCCACAAAGCAAAGAGAGUUUUUCUAAAGAGCUAAAGAAUAGAGCAAAAAAAAUCUGGAGAAAGAGAAGAGCAAUAAAAAAUACUCUAGCCAUAUUCUAUAACUUUUUUACUGCCAAUGAAGAUUUCCUUAUCUCUUUUUGGAUUCAGGGUUUCCUGGAAUUCCGGGACAAAAAGGAGAUCCUGGUUCGACUGGACCAAGGGGGCCACCUGGAAUGGUUGGACCACCUGGACCAUCUGGACCAUCUGGACCCGUCACCAUGUGUGGACGAGGAUGUUGAAAGACUGAUGAAGAUCACCGCUAAGCUGGACCUUGCUAUAACCUUUGACUUCGUGAGGAAGGUGGGUCAGAAAUACUUUGUGUCCAACAAGGAGAGAGGAUCUUUCCAGAAGGCUGCAGAUUUCUGCCAGCAACGAGGCUUGGAGCUGGCUCUGCCCCAGAGUGAGGAGGAGAACCACAUGCUGCUUCAGCUGAUGGGUCAAGAUGAGAAAAGAGCCUGGAUCAACAUCAACAUGAGAAAAGCAGAAGGGAACUUCCAGUCCGACAUGAAAAAUCGACCUCUGACCUUUACCAAAUGGGGAGAAAGUCAGCCGGAUCAAGGCAUUCAGGACAGCGGCUGCAGCAUGGCAACUGAGGACGGCACCUGGAGAGUGACACCAGACUGUUCUCUGGACGCUGACAUCAUCUGUCAGCUGUAGAAAGAUCAUCCACCAGGCAGCUUCCUGAGUAAUCUAGAUAUCAUAAUGUCAUUAACUAUGCUCAUUUUAUUUCUUGAUUCUUAUGGCAACAAGAGGUAACGUUUGGCAUAAUCUUGGUUUGCAAUAAUGCUUACUCUAUGUGACGUAUUCAAUGAGACUUGUAUUAUUUGUUGUGAGUAGCUUUUAUUAAGCUUGAGCAGCCGAGACCUGCUGUAAUCACAAAAUUUUGUAUUAUUUUCCUGCCAUUAUAUGCAGCCUUUAGGAGGCUUUAACAUAUUUAAAUACUCACCAAACUUCACCUGAAAUAGUGCCCCACAUGAAAUUUUUAAUGUGAGAUAGGACAAACCGUAGGUCGCAAAGACCUGCAAUUCUGUGCGUAGAUAGAUCCCUCCCCCAAAAUCAAGAAAAAAAGUCUCUUGGAGGUAACACCUAAAAUGUACAGGGAGGCGGCAAUUUUGGUUAAAAGGACAUAUUUUGGUCAUUUUCACAUCUAUACACCUCGAACUUUAAUAAACUCCUGCUUGGGAUUUUGAGGUAUUGGCUUUAUUUUUUGGACAGUAUAUAGUUAUGAGAUUGGGGGGGGAGUAAAAGUUAUCAAAAUUGUGAAUUUUAGAGCUUGUUUAGGGGGCGUGGCCAAGCAGCGAACUUGGUGUACUGGCCAAACAAAACACUAUAACUUUCACUCACAAUUGUCAAGCAACACCAAACUUGUAAUGAGUGAUCCGAGUUGAUGCCUGAUGAUCCUACGCCGCCAUGUUCUGAUGUCUUCAUUAUAUUUUCUAAUUUAUAUUCUCAACAUGAUCUUCUGCAAAUUGAUUUAGCCAUAAGCAUCUGUUGAUGAGCUUUUUAAUAGUUACCAUCUGAUCUAUGCCACCUUCUAUCCGUUUAUUUUACUUUUUACUUCAUUCAUUGCUUUUGAUGUAAAGCUGGCUUGGAUUCUCAUGAAACCUGUGACUGUCACCUCAAAGUUUUUGAUUCAAUUCUGUUGUCAGAAAGCAACAUAUUUUAGUGCUUUGUGAAGAACAUAUUUUCUACUACUUUUGAAGCAAUAUAAGAUUCCUGUUUCUUAAUGCUUUAAACUUUACUUACCAAGUUUCAGAAACUGUCGUGGCCAAAUCUGCUUUUCAGAAAAAAAAAAACCUCCUUCAAGCUCAGAUUGGUUACUGCUGCUUUAAACACUGUUAUUUAUUCA